AGGCACGCCUGCACCGGAAUUUCAAACAGCGGAGUAAUAAACUGUCACGCCACGUGCGUCCCGCGGUCCAGCGGCCCGGUUUGUGAGAAUCGAAGAUUUCGUCUUGAAAUGUGAUUUACUUGUACGCGUAACAAUGCGCGAUAUAUCUGUUAACGGAUCGCGUACACGAACGCGUACUCCCGUCAUGUGAUCGUGACGGAAUCCGGGUGCCGUGCAUUUGGGUAAAACGCACUCGUACGAGACGUUCCCGUGGAUGAUUCCCGUCGACGAUGGAGCUCGAUGAGCUGGAGCGGUCCGUGAAGUGGCUGAGCGAGGUGGUCGACGAGUUCCCGAUCGGCGCGGCCUCGCUGGACGAUUUUAGGUCGGUCGAGGAGAGGAUCCGGACGACCAGGGAGUCGCUGAUGCGCCUGAAAGCCAGGUCGUUAAUCCUUUUGGCCAAGUACAAACAGUACAUCGACGACGGACGCGGAGGGAGUGAGAAUGAGGCCGGAGACGCGCUGCCGAGCGUCGUGAGCGAGGCACUUGUGAAUGCAAAGCUUGUCAAGUUGUGCCUUCACAGCACCACCAUCCUCUCUAUUCUUAGCAGUAAGGAGGGCACGGAGGAGGACAAAAAGAAGGUGUACACCUACAUGAUGAAACUGUUCACUCUCAACGACAGUAUUAUGACCACUCAGGAAGCAAUCGAGGAAGCAUCCCAAGUGCGGCUGAAUCUGAAAAUCGAAUGUCAGAAGGCGCUGUACGAUUAUAAAAAUUUUCUCAACGAGCAGGAGCAACUGCGAAGCAAGAGGCUGCAGAAGACGAAUCCCGGGAUUGCGGAAAGUAAAAACAAAAUGGAACAAACGAUACGAAAGAUAAAUGUAAUGAAGAAGCUCAUUCGAAACUUCAUAGCGGUGUCCGGUUACUUGCUAGAGAAGGAGCCGAUGCUGGAGAUGUUGGAGAAUAAUAGAGAAUUGAUAAACGUCGAAACGAUAGUGAAGAUGUCGCAAAGUAACGGAGAGAGAGAGAAAGACAGAGAAUAAAAGAAAUCUCGGAAGUACGCAGGAACUUUCAUUAAGAACUUUUUUUUCUUACUCGCUAAGCGUAAUAGACACAACACAUAUUUACAAGAAUAAACUUCCACGCAAGUU